CGUUGGGGCCGGGGCGGUAGCCCAGAGAUCCGCGGCUCGGCCCUCGACUUACAGUCACUUUGCCUGCUGCGGGCGCUUCCGGUUCCGGUACGAGGAGCCGCACGGGAUCCGAGGCGCCGGGCAUGGCGGGGAGCCGCCUGGAAACCGUGGGGAGCAUUUUCUCUCGGACGCGGGACCUGAUUCGGGCUGGUGUGUUGAAGGAGAAGCCCCUCUGGUUUGACAUAUAUAACGCCUUCCCCCCGCUGAGAGAGCCGGUCUUCCGAAGGCCCCGCUUGCGAUACGGCAAAGCUAAAGCUCACAUCCAGGACAUCUUCUACCACGAGGAUCGGAUUAGAGCGAAAUUUUAUUCAGCCUAUGGUUCUGGUCAAAAAGCUUUUGAUCUGUUCAAUCCAAACUUCAAGUCUACCUGUCAACGGUUUGUGGAGAAGUACAUUGAGCUACAGAAACUUGGAGAAACAGAUGAAGAGAAGUUAUUUGUGGAAGCAGGGAAGGCUUUAUUGGCAGAAGGUGUCAUUUUACGACGAGUAGGAGAAGCAAGGACUCAACAGGACGGUAGUCACAUUUCCUGGAAAUCUGAACCCAUGGGUGUCGAGCCCCAGACUGCGUUGGAGGAGAACCAGUCUCUGAAAGACGAUCCACAGGCCCAGCAUUUGGGGGCACCUGGAGAACAGUCGACAGGCCUCUCACCUCCCUGAAGAACUUGUAUGCUGUGUAUACUGACAUCCAAACCGGAUUCACUACGUGCAUGUUGUACUAUUUUUAACAGUUGAACUGUGUAAAUGUUUCUUGAUCUCUAAGGCAUCAUGUUUGCCUUCUUUUGGUUCCCACUUCUAGGUUGUCAUAAAGCUCUGUAUCAUGGUUUGAAGAAGCAGUUAUGUGAACUUUUAUGUUAGGGCGGUAUUAAACAAAGAAUUCCUUGGUGCUUAUAAAGUAAAUUUACUUUAAAAUUGUAAAUAGCAUGAGGAAACCUUUGGAAGUAUUGUUUGAAUGGGACUCAUUCUGAGUAGGUUUGCUGGGAGUUUUGUGUUCACAUUUGAUUCUCUGGUAUGUUUCUCUUCUCUUGACCCAUCAGACUUUUACUUGCACAUCAGGUGUGGUUCCCUGGCCAGCUGUGUCUGCAGCUAAUCUUUGUACUUUUUGCUUGAGCGGCCAGGCUGCCUCGUGCUUUGCAGUUAGAAUGAGGACCUACCAUUGAUGGACCAAGGCCAAAACUAUAACUUUCAUCUCAUGGAUUGAGUGCUGGAGACGGUUAGCACAGACCUGCAGGUAGUAGGCUGCUCAGGAAAGAUUUGUUGAGUGAAUGAGUGAUUACAUCCCGCUGAAGACUGAAUUCAGAUGACUUCUCUGUAGGUAACUGGGUUGCCAAGAGGGAGGACGCUCUUCAGCGGCAUCCACCUUCCUCCCUGGUGUCAGGGCGUGCUUACGAGUUUUUACCGACUCUCCUCUUUCUUCAUUUCCUUAUCUUUUACUGAAUAAAUAAAACACCCUUCAGCUAUUAGUUUUCAGCUAUCAGUAAUUUGCUGCUCCAGAAACUUCUUACUUUAAACCUUGUGUAGCUUUUCCCCCCUGUUCCUGUGUGCAGUCUCUUCUGUCUCCUGGCAUGUCAGGGGCGGGGCCCACACCCCACAGACUGUACACCUUGCACAUGGGGCUCAGGUAAUGGAAGGUCACUGAGUACAUGAGGCAGAAGCCAUUCUCAGCCAUGCUGCUUCUCCCCCCCACCUUUACCACUGUUGUACAAUACCUCUUGUUGUUUAGGGAAUGCUUUACAUUUAGAUGCGGAAGUAAAUGACAUCCAUUCGACAUUAGGCAACCGUUGGGUGCCAGAUACCGGGCCUGGCCUUGGGAGGAAGACUGCGGCCGGUGGAGCAGUUGGUUCUGUUCUCAGAGGAGCGAUCGUGGCUCCCUCAUUCUCAGAAACCUUAUCUUUCUGGGAUUCAAAAGGUGGUUUCUUUGUCAUAGUAAUGAAGACGUUUAAAAAAAUUAUUUGUUGCAUAAUUAAAGAAAAAGUCAUACAUGC